GUUCAGAAGAGUUAUUUCCGUACGCCUUCGUAGCUUUGCGUUGCCCAAUUUUUUCUAUUCCUCGAAUCAGCAAGAAAGAGUAAGAACAACCCCACUUCGACCCCGCCAUACAUCAUCAUCUCGGCAUACAUCCGCGUUCACCUAUCUACAUACACGUCCCUUGCGCUUUUGACUGCUCGCAAGCAGUCUGCAUUCUCCACUCUUGUAUUCGCGACCCUCGACCCUCGCAAGUUCCCAUCAUGACACCACCCCCUCGCCCGCCCUUCUCAGAGCUUCCGCUCGACAAAAACGGUCCCGCCGGCAACGCAUGGGGCCUAUACGGAAACGACGACGAGCUCGGCGCACUCAACAUGCUCACGCCCGCCGUCGUCAAGGCCGCGGCCGCCGAAAUCCAAACCGGCGAGCGCGUCUCGCUAGACUGGUAUCUCAACCUGCCCACCUUCCCCUCCUUCGGGCGCCCCGCGUUCGACUGGAAAAUGGAAAACCGCCGCCAUCCCGACGGCAGCAAGCGCAUCGUCAACGACGACUUUAUCAAUAUCAAUACGCAGAGUAGCAGUCAGUGGGACGGCUUCCGGCACUACGGGUACCAGAAGGCGGGGAUGUAUUAUGGUGGCAGGACACAGCGGGAGGUCGAGGGCGAGAGUGGGGUUAUUGGGAUUGAUAGGGUUGUGCAGGCGGGCGGGGUGACGACGAGGGGCGUGAUUUUGGAUUAUCCGAGGUGGGUGGAGAGGAAGGGGAGGCAGGCCGUGGAGGCUUUGGGGGCGAAUUGUAUUUCAGCGGAUGACUUGAAGGAGAUGUUGAGGGAGACGGGAGUAAAGACCAGAGAGGGCGAUUUGUUGCUUCUAAGGACGGGGUUUACGCAGGCUUAUGAGAAGCUGGGGAUGCAGGAGAGGAAGGAGAUGGCCGGGAAGCCGCCGGCUUUUUUGGGCGUCGAGAGUAGUAGGAGUGUGCUGGAGUGGAUAUGGGAGUCUGGGUUUGUCGCUGUUGCGGGUGACGCGCCGAGCUUCGAGAUGAGUCCGUUAGUCGGGAAACAUAAUGAGCCUGGUGGAAUUUGGAAGGGCGAGACUUGGGAGGAUGAGAUGCAAGGCGGCGGGCUUGUGCAUCAGUGGUGUCUUGCUGGAUGGGGUGUUAUGAUUGGCGAGAUGUGGGACUUGGAAAGACUGUGUGAGAAAGCAGAGCAGCUGGGACGGCAUACAUGCUUUGUUUCCAGCGUGCCGUUGAAGGUCCCCGGCGGCGUUGCUAGUCCCCCAAACGCAGUCGCAAUAUUCUAAACGCUCUCCCUCGACAGCUACAGCGGACCCAGUACUUCGGCCGCUUAUGCAGCUCUAAAGCAAGUUCGGGGCUUGAGGCUAGCUAAGGACAUGAGCAUUCGGAGUCUCGUACCUACCUUUAGCCUAAUCCAGCUAUACGGAGUAGCCACGUUACGCGAAGUACCCGCCAAGCCAUCGUAUCAAUAUACACCUAAGAAGAA